AUGACUGCGGGCGCCGCGGUAUCGCGGGAGACGAAGGAGAUUGUGCGGCGUCGCAGGGCGGAGUUGCAUGCGGAGAAGAUAGACGAGGAGAGGCAGCAGCUGCGCGGACGCUGGGUCACGGACAGCAACGCGCUUCAGAAUGCUGAGGCUCGCAGGCAGGAAAAACUGCAGCGGCGUGCCCCAAGGCGUGCCGCGCGCGCCAAUUUGUUCACAAAGCUGGAGAAAACAGACACAGGCCUGCUGCUGGAGGAGCGCGAAGUCGCGGACCGCGUCACGCAGGACGAUAUUGUUGCCGCUGUGGACCUCCAAACGCAACAGAAGAAGUAUGAGUUGCUGUUGGAUAAGCUGGGCCCGUACAAGGUAGACUUCACCCUGAACGGUACACAUCUUCUGCUUGCAGGUCUGCGGGGGCACGUGGCAAACAUUCGUUGGAAGGAUUUUGCACUAAACGGCGAGGUACAACUGAAGGACCGGAUCGACGACGCCAAAUUUCUAGUGGAUCACACCAUGACGGCGUUGGCGCAGAAGAAGUACGUCUACAUGUACACCAAGGAGGGCGCAGAGAUGCAUGUUCUCUCUCAAAUGGCAAACAUGGAUCGACUGGCGUAUCUGCCGAGGCACUUGCUUCUCUGUGCUGCCUCUACCCGUUUCAGCGUGAUGCAAUACAUGGACAUCAGCACGGGGCAGGAGCUGGGUGCAAAGGUUCCCUCGGUGGUGCGAGACCCCGUCUCCUGCAUGGAUGUCAAUCCCAGCAAUGGGGUGGUAGCGAGCUGUGACCUGCGUGGUGUGGUGAAGUUUUGGUCCCCAGCCGUGGUGGACCCGCUUGUGCAACUGAAAGGUCAUAAGGGUGUCAUUGAUGAUAUUCGAUUUCAUCCAAACGGCCGUUUUUUUGUGACGCUGGGCGGGGAUCAUAAAUUUAAGGUGUGGGACUGCCGUACACUGAGGGCGCUGGAGGAGUACGCCGUGACGUACACCUUCAACACCGUCGAUGUCUCUAGUUCUGGCCUUGUUGCCAUGGGGGGUGGAACAAACGUGCAGUUGUGGAAGGGCAUCUUCUCCAGCGCCAAGCCCAACGCGCCGUACAUGAAGUUUGGCCUUGGUUACGGCAAUAUUGCCCAGCAAUUACGAUUUUGCCCCUUUGAGGAUGUCUUGGGCAUCGGCCACUCCCGCGGAUUUCAGUCGAUGCUGAUCCCUGGCGCCGGGGACGCGAACCCCGACUUCUUCUACGCCAACCCACACGAGACGGAGCGGCACAGAAAGGAACGCGUCGUGUCGACGCUGUUGGACAAACUGCCGCCCGACACCAUUUCCCUCGAUAUUCAGGUCCCUGGUGUCAACGAGGCGCGGCUUGCAGAGUAUAACGAAAACAUCCGCCUCAAUCGCAAGGCGCGGGCGAUUCGAGAAAAGAAGCAGCGUCGGGCGGACAAGUCUCUUGCGGACGCCGCCCCGACAGGGCUGCAAGUGGGCGACGAGGAGGAGGUGGAUGAGGACCUUGGCUACAAGGAGCGUCCCGCCACGCGGGAGCUCAAGACCAGGAAGGAGAAGCUGAAGGAGCGGAAGAUGCAGAAGUGGGACAAGAAGGACAGCUCAGACAAGGUGCGUUCAAAGCAAACUAUGCGCACCUCCAGGAUUGCGCAGCAGCGGCGAGCAAAACUCCAGCGCGCCAGUCGUCGUGGCAAGGACGAGGAGGAGGACGGCGAGGAGGAGGGUGAGCUGAAACGGGCGCAGAGCCAACUCAAGAAGCGUCGGCGCGAGGAGGCCGAGUUUGCCGAUGACGUCCGUGCGCUGCGGAUUCAGAGGCAAAACUCCAAUGCAGAGGGGCAGGAUAUCGCCACGGGGUCGUCGUCUUUGAAAGUGAGGCAGAAUGCGGCUCUGCGGCGGUUAAUCUAG